AUGGGCAAUUCAUAAAAAAAUGAUUCGAAACUAAUCUCCACUGUUUGGUUAGGUGUUAAUGAUGAUUGGACUUCGAUUAUGAAAGAAAGAUUAUCUCGCAUUUCUGAAGAAUGGGCUGUUCCUUCAAUCAAAUGUUUGGAUAGAUUUGUUUAUAAUGAACAGAAAAAAUUUAGACAUAAAAUUAAACUAAUUUGUAUUUUUGUGUCUUAUGAAUAGUAACUAAGACAAUGA